AUGAAUCGUAUUGGUAUUCGCGUCGGUACAGCUAGUGAAGAAUAUUUUAAAACAGAAAUAUCUGGAGAAAGUAAAGAUUAUUAUCCAUUAAGAAGUCGACAACAACUAUACGAUAGUCUACUUGCCGGCAUUAUUGAUGUUGCCUUGUCAGAUUCAGGAAUUGCUGAAUAUGCCACCAGUAGUAUUUAUUGUAAUUUAACUUUAGUUGGCAAUGAUUUCGAUAGAGGUGCUUUUGGUAUUGUUACUCGUAAACAAUGGAUAUAUGCACAAGAUUUAGAUGUUGGUAUAUUAUCAUUAAAAGAAUCAGGUAAACUUGAUAAUUUACGACAAAAAUGGUUUCAAGCACAACAUUGUUCUGACUCAACAAUAACAACAACAGCUAUUGAGAUCGAAGCGACUGGUGGAUUAUUCAUUACUUUUGCAAUUACUACUUUGAUAUCAUUAUUAUUAUUUUUAUGGGCUAAAAGAUACAAUAUUAAAAAUUAUUUACCACAAUUUAUAAGAAAAAACGAAUCAUCAACCACAGAAGAAUACUCCACGAAAAGAAAAUCAAAUAAAAUUUCUGGACAUGAACAAAAUCAUCAAGCACUCUGUCAAGAUUUUACAAAGUCUUAA